CUCAUCAACCAACAAGUUCUUCUUCUCAGGGCUGUUCUUGAUCCAUUCUCUGCCCAGUCUGUGUUUAUGCUUGGGAUUGCCCCAACCCAGGUGCAGGAUCUUGCACUUGGUGUUGAACUUCAUGAGGUCUGCACAGGCCCCUCUCUCAAGCCUGUCAAACAGGUGUCCUUUUCCUUGCAGAAAGGACUUGCAUUUUCCUUAGUCUUCCUUUAGAUACAUCACUGAUGUACCUGAAGAAGCUUUUCUUGUUGCCUUUGAUGUCUCUGGACAGAUUUCAUUUUCUCAGUGUAUGUUAGCUUUCCUAACAUGGUGCCUCAUUGCUCAGACAAUCUUUGUUCCUCCCAGGCUACCCAUACUUGCUUAUUCUCCCUAUUCUUAGAGAAAGCACUUUAACUGUAUUUAUAAUGUUUGCCCUUUCCUUUUGAACUCUGGUCAUUUAUGUUUUUUUUUACUUCUGCUUCCCUGGUGUUGGUGUCCUACCUUUUCUACCAACUUUCCCUGAAUGGCUCUAUUUCUCCAUUGAAUUCUGGUUCUGGCCUCAAAGUUAUUUGCCUGUGUUUACAGGGAGAGUAGAUAUGUAUGUAAAUGGAGUUGUCUUUGCCAUGGUAAUAUGAUCUUCAAAGGCUUAGACUACAGUCACUUUGCUGCAUUCUUUACAUAAAAUGUUUGUCUUGGCAAGUUUCUGCCAACAGAGUGCUGCAAGGGCCCAGUCCUGCUAAUUGCCUUCUGAUCCCACUGAACUGAUCAGGCUUGUAUGCAUAAAAAAUGAACUUUAAAAUUAAGUUGCAUGGUCCUUAGACAGUUAUGUUCAUGUUCUACCAUACUGCCCUUUCUUUGCUGAGGUAAUCUACCAAGGAAGUGAUCAUUGGCUUUUAACUUUUCAUGACCAUUUGAUGUGUGUUAAAAUUCAGGAGUCCAUAGCAGUGGAGGGUAUCUAGGUUCCAGUCCCACAUGGAAACCUGUAUGUAGGUAGUCCACAAGGAGUCCUGAGUAUGAGGCAUCACUACCUCUUUUUGAAUCUGUUUUUGUCCUUGCCAUUAAAGCUGGGCAGUGUGUGCUGUGGGCUGACAAAACAGGAGCUGUCAUGGGCAAGAAGGCUGCACACCCCAGGCUUAGGGAGAGGUUUGCUGGGAGAGAGGAUAUAUAAUGUCAAGAGCAAAGCAGGAAGAGAGUACAUCAGCACAGUGUCAUUAGCUUGUACUGCAAGCCCCACCGCAGCACGAAAUUCUCAAUGAAGUGGACGUACACCUCAAAAGAGAUUGGAAAAGUGAUAAGGAAGUGAGCACACAGAUGAUUCUAUUGCAGCUUUCUCUAACCCCUCAGUCUAAAACCUUUUCUGUGUUCUAAUACUUUCCUGGUCUUGGGACUGUGGAAGGUGGAAAGUAACCUCCUGCUACUGCCUGUAGCUCCUGUUCUGGUUUUCCAGUAAGAGGUCACAUAUUGGGGGUUACCCAGGCUCCCAGCCUAAUGGGUGCUUGCUUAUAAUAUGGCCCCUCAAACAUUACCUGGAAGAACUGGGAGGAGGGAACAGUGGCACGAGAUGGAUGGAGACAGAUGAUUCACAGGAUUUUUUUUGUAGCUAUCAGAGCUACAGUCUUACAAAUACAGCAGCUUUUCAUUGGAGAGUAUUAAUUAAUACAGUCACAAGUGGUACUCUCUGUUUACCCUGGAAAUUGAGAGUGAAGCUGUUUAUAUCUUUCGAAGUAUAAACUGCUGUAACUGAGUGGGGGGUGGGGGGGUGUUCUCAAAAUCCCACUUCCCAGAACCAGCUGGCCCCAGUUUUUUGCUGCUUGAAUGUGUGUGGAGUACUGUGGUUUAUCCAGGCCUCAAACUAGUCUAGCUGUUAAAGGUAAAAAUCAAAGCUGUACAAGUAUUUAGAAGAUCAAAAGUGAAAAGCACUUAAAUUGUAUAAAAAGGUGUUUAAAAUACAUCACAAAAUUUUGUGAAGAUGCCUGCCAUGUGGAUAAUUUAGCAUUUAUGUUGUUGUGGGGUGUUCAGACAUGGCUCCGAAACAGUUGCAUAUUUUAUUCAAGUCAAGAAUGGUGCAGCCAAUUGCAAGAAUAAAGAUAAUUUCAGCAAGGGGAGAGUGUGCUAAUUAGCCACACAAGAAAAUCACAUUCAGUGCUGCAUUUCAUGUGUUUUCAUAUCUGCUGAAGCAAAGCAAGGAGAGUGUUGUGCUGGGGCAGUGUGCGUGCAUGGCUUAGAGCUGAAUAGAUGCAAAUGGUUAAAAAGGGGUUCUCUGCUAGAGAGGAGGAGCGGAAAGUAAGUGUGCAUUCCCAAAAAAGUACAUUCCCAAAAUAAAAAGCUUACAUCAUGGACCUCUUCAGUUUUCCCACACUUCUUCCCUAAUUAUUGUCCUUCAGGACAGCUGAUCUAUUUCAAACAGGAAGCUGUUUACAGAUAACACUUGCAACUGUUUUGUCUGAUUUGUUGAACUGUCGAAAAGUAAAAGACAACCUCUUUUUAAAUUAAAAACUGUCAGACUUCUGUAAACAGCAGCAAUGAGGUUCAUCUGUGCAGUGUCCCUGCAGGCACAGAGCAUUGUGCAGUUCCCAUUCUCUCAGCAGCCAUAAGGCUUCCUUUAGGUGCUGGAAGGCUGCAAUUAGGAGUCAGUGACCUGUAAGUGCUCAUUAUGAAGAGAGAUCUGGUUUUCCUGGUGACUCUAAUUAGCCUUGCCUUCCUGUCACUGCUAAGAUCUGGAUAUCCUCAACACAUUGCAGAGGAGUCCUGCUCUGUUCAGAUUCUUGUUCCAGGCCUCAAAGGGGAGGCUGGAGAAAAGGGGGAGAAAGGUGCUCCAGGUCGUCCAGGUAGAGUUGGACCUCCAGGAGAAAAAGGUGAAAUGGGGGACAAAGGACAGAAAGGCAGCAUAGGACGGCAUGGAAAAAUUGGUCCUAUUGGUUCAAAAGGUGAAAAAGGAGAUAAUGGUGACAUAGGACCACCAGGUCCUAAUGGUGACCCAGGCAUCCCUUGUGAGUGCAGUCAGCUAAGGAAGGCUAUUGGUGAAAUGGAUAUUCAAGUAGCCCAGCUGAUGACAGAACUAAAAUUCAUAAAAAAUGCACUGCCCUCCCCCGCAGCUGUCGCCGGCGUGCGCGAGACAGACAAUAAGAUAUAUCUGCUGGUGAAGGAGGAGAAGAGGUACAAGGAAGCCCAGCUGUACUGCCACGGCAGAGGAGGGACGCUGAGCAUGCCCAAGGAUGAGACUGCCAACAACCUGAUUGCCUCGUACAUCAACCAAGCUGGGCUCACCAGAGUCUUCAUUGGGAUUAACGACCUGGAGAAGGAGGGGAAUUUCGUCUACUCUGACCGGUCGCCCAUGCAGACCUUCAACAAAUGGCGCAGCGGAGAGCCCAACAACGCCUACGACGAGGAGGACUGUGUAGAGAUGGUGGCGUCCGGAGGCUGGAACGAUGUUGCCUGUCACAUUACCAUGUAUUUUGUGUGCGAAUUUGACAAGGAAAAUGUCUAAGCUGCUCUGCUCUUUCUUUUUUUUUUUUAAAGAAAAUUUUUUAAGGCAAUUGUACAAGUUGCUCCAUGUUUAUAGCGUGCAAGUGGAAUUUUGCAAGUGUGCGGCAUCAGAGUUGUACAGCUGUAAAUACAGUUUAGGUAUUUCAAAUAUCAGAAUUUACCCUUCAGAAGGGAAGACCAGUAAUAACGCGUAGCUUGGUUGAUUUUUUUUUUUUUUUUAUGUAGGAAUAUGUAUCUGUCUAGAUAAAAAUGUGCUUUGAGGCUAAAUUUUGCCCUUACAACAGUUAACAAAUGUGAUUACAUGACUGCAAAAGAAGGCAGAAUUUGGCCCCUAGUUAUUAGAAUGGUUAGAAUUAGAUUCCUGAUAUUCUUUUAUCUUAGUAAAAUUUGUAGUUAUAGAUGAUAAUUACUUGUGCUACAGGGAUAUUUUGGCAACAAGACAAAUAUUUUGCAUACUCUAGUUAAUAAGGACAAAUAUUACUAUAGGUUUUUUGAAUGUUACUAUUUUUUUUUUUUAAACUGGUUAAAGCAAACCAGAAAGUCUACCAAUUUUCUAAUGUUUCUUUAUUAAACUGUUCAUAGAUGUAUGACCAAAAAGCAUUUAAGUAAAUUGAAUUUUAGUGCUGAGGGAGGACAAAGUCUAGUGAAAAGUGUAC